UGGGCAUCGGCCCUGUCGAGCCUUACAGGAGGCACGUCAGCAGCAGCCAAGGUUCCAAGGUUCAGCAUGGUUCAGGGUUAUGAGAGAGGCCUCUCCAUUAUCGAUAUAAUUAACAACUUCGUACUCUCUAAUUAGCUAUACUUUGUUACAUGCCAAACAUACCAGACCACCAACUUGGCCGGUCACGUAGAUCGAUCACUAUAUAUGAAUUUAGAAACACCCAGCGUCACGGUAUAUAAAUCCCUAAAUCCUAUCUACCUAGGUAGGUAGAAACGAAGGAAACAAAACAUCCAUCCAUCCAUCCAUCCAUCCAUCCAUCCAUUCAUUCAUCCAGUUUUAAGCCCCGUACCAAGUUGACGGGUUUUAGCCUGUGGGCUGACCUGGCAGGCUGACACUAUUAAUGAUCAUAGCUUUGCUACAUAACCGGGGAAGAUAAGUCGAAGAUAAGUCGAAGAUGAGAUAUGUAUUGUACAUACAAUUAUACAUACAUAUGUACAUGCAUAGACAAUGUAGUAUUCACGGCAUGCUACAUUAGGGGCAGCUUUGUAAGCCACCGAUAGCAUGUGUUCACCUCGAACGUCACGGAUGAUUGACUUGAAUGUCUCAAAUAUUACAAAACCCUCCUUUCUAUUGAUCACGUACACAUCAACUGAGCUAAGACAAAUGAUAAUAAUUCCAUCACUUGAUGUUGUCAACCUACAAGAUGCAUGAGAAGGUAGAGCCGAGAGUCGGGACCACCACACCCACUCGUCCUCGCCUCUCAUUUGCGAAGACCGCAAUUGUUGUUCUAUCGUCACUGUUAAUCUUGGGUACACUACUACAUCCAACCUCGCGAUGCCAUCACCCAUUCUCAAAGGCGUACUCUCAUUUCCAUCCAUUGUCCGUUGAGGAAAGAGUCCAUAAAAUACUCUCGAAAACUCCUUUAAUAGACGGACACAAUGACUUUGCUAUCUUCAUCCGGGCUCUCUACAAUAACCACAUCUAUAACGAGAACUUUACCGACCCGUUCGAAAAUGGCGGGCUGAAAAUGCACGUCGACCUGCCCAGGUUGAGGGCAGGAAAGAAUGGAGGUGCUUUUUGGAGCGUCUUUACUCCUUGCCCUGAGAAUGGCACGGAUUACUCAGACGAGAACUAUGCUCCUAGCGUCCAACUCACUCUACAGCAAAUUGAUCUCAUGACCCGGCUGCAGAAUGCCUACGCCAAGGACUUCUCUGGGAUCCCGGUAGACAGCGAGGCGGCCCUAGCAGCCUUCAAGCAGGGCAAGCUGAUAUCCCCACUGGGCAUUGAAGGGCUCCAUCAAAUCGGCAACUCCGUGGCCAACCUAAGAAACUACUAUGCCCUGGGCGUCCGCUACGCCACGCUGACCCACAACUGCGGAAACCUGUUCGCCGACGCGGCGCUCUGGGAGAACCCCUUCCGCAAGGCUCCCCCGGUAUGGAACGGCGUCUCCCCCAAGGGCAGGCAGCUUAUCAACGAGAUGAACCGCAUUGGCAUGCUGGUGGAUCUCUCCCACGUCAGCGCAGACACCAUGAGGGACGUACUGGGUGGGAGUGAGGAAUGGGCCGGUAGCAAGGCUCCGGUUAUGUUUAGCCACAGCUCUGCCUACGCCAUAUGCCCGCACCCUCGAAACGUGCCCGAUGAUGUGCUCCAGCUCGUGAAGAACAAGAACUCUAUCGUAAUGGUGAACUUCUCCCCCGACUUCAUCAGCUGCGUGGACAAGGGCGCCGAGAACGGCGUCCCCGAGUUCUUCCCCGAGAACAACACCCUCGCCCAAGUAGUCAGCCACAUCACCUACAUCGGGGACCUCAUCGGGUACGACCACGUCGGCCUCGGGAGCGACUUCGACGGCAUCCCGUCGACCCCCGCGGGCCUCGACGACGUGUCCAAGUACCCCGACCUCGUCGCCGAGCUCCUGCGCCGAGGCGUCUCGGACGAAGAUGCUGCCAAGGUCGCCGGCGGCAAUAUCUUGCGCGUCUGGGGAGACGUGGAAAAGGUGGCUGCGAAGCUGCAGGGCCAGGGGGGGCCGGUGCUGGAGGAUGACCUUGCAACCCUGUUUGCGGAGGAUUUUGCCGACAUGUGAGUAUAGUUAUCCUUUUGAGAUCUAGCCUCGAGGUCAAAAAUCAACCUGGGGGGUUGUGUGGCUUUACGUUCGUAUCUAGGCUAAGUAGGCACCGAAAUAAUUACCUAAACGGUAGAAUAAAGCAUUGUCGUUAUUCACGUACACAUAUGUAAUACAGUCAUCAUUUAAUUGG